UAAUCAUCCAUCAGUGUAUGUAUCUCGGGAUACCUUACAUAGAUGGUGACGAUGGAAGGGAGCCUCGUUGACGGGAUAGAAAGAAGGGUGUCCUGGGACCUUUGUGCAAUGGAGCUGUCAGCGGUGCGCAACUCCGGUCGGUGCCGUGAAAUCCGCUAAAGAUCUUGACGUUCCCCGGAUUUGGAGACCCACAAAACCCGAACUCACGGGCGGUCGAGUCACCUCGUGCCUUCCCGCCGUGCCCGGCUGCCCACCGAGAUGAUCUGCGCUGCAAGAAACAUGAGCCAUUGAUGACCGAACAUCUUGAGCUUUGACUCCUAACAGAAGUUCAUCCGUCUCGUUACAUCAUUUGCCAACGAAUUUGUUUGACCAUUUGAAAAUGACUUUUGUCGCGCGGGUAAAGCCCGGGGCACUUGGGUUGCGCGGAAGAUGGCCAUCGCAAGUACAUGCGCCGCGCCGAAUGUACUCUCAGCAUCCGGCUCACCAUACCAGUCCUGAACAUCCCCUCCGGGUCGCCGUCAUUGGUUCCGGCCCGGCCGGCUUUUAUACCACUUACAAGCUUAUGGCCAAGAUCCAGGGGACAAAGGUGGACAUGUACGAGUCUCUACCGGUGCCCUUCGGCCUCGUGAGAUUUGGUGUUGCUCCGGAUCACCCUGAAGUCAAGAACUGUCAAGAAAAGUUUGAAGAAGUUGCCUCAUCCCCAGAUUUCAGAUUCAUUGGAAAUGUCUCCGUCGGCACCAAGUCCGACCACCCCGACGGCCUCACUGUACCUCUCGCCAGUCUCUUCCGGCACUAUAACGCCAUCAUCUUUGCCUACGGCGCCGCUCAGGACCGUAAGCUCGGCAUCCCCGGCGAGGACCAGUUAAAGGGCGUCUACUCCGCCCGCGAGUUCGUCGGCUGGUACAACGGCCUUCCUCAGCACGCCAACCUCAACCCGGAUCUCACCCAAGGCGAGGAAGCCGUCGUUAUCGGCCAAGGCAACGUAGCUUUGGACGUGGCCCGCAUGCUCCUCGAAGACGUUGACGUCCUUCGCAAGACCGACAUCGCCGCACACGCCCUCGAAACCCUCUCCCAGAGCCGGGUAAAGCGGGUCCAUGUCGUCGGCAGAAGAGGACCUAUGCAAGCGGCCUUCACCAUCAAGGAGGUCCGCGAACUAAUGAAGCUUUCCAACGUGUCCUUCCACCCCGUCGACACCUCCCUCCUCCCACCCGACCUGAAGUCCCUUCCCCGCGCACCACGCCGGCUGAUGGAGAUGCUAGCCAAGGGCACCACGGCCAUUUCGCAAUCACCCUCUGAAACCGCCAAGUCGUGGUCUCUCGACUUUUGCCUAACACCCAAGGCCUUCUCCCCUUCUUCUUCUUCUUCCACUCCCACAUCAACCCAACUAGCAUCGACAACCUUUGAACGUACCACCCUCUCACCAUCCCCCUUCGACCCCAACGCUUACGCCCUACCCACUGGCGAGACCCUCACCCUCCCUUCGUCGAUAGCCUUCCGAUCCAUCGGGUACAAAUCCACUCCUCUGCCUGAGUUCUCAGACAUCAACAUCCCCUUUGACGAGCGCCGAGGGAUCAUCAGCAAUGACGGCCGUGGCCGCGUGCAGCACGAGGAGCGCACCCGCGGGGCGGAGAUGUCGCAUGGUAGUUUUCCCGGGCUGUACUGCGCGGGGUGGGUCAAGACAGGUCCGACGGGAGUGAUUGCUUCGACGAUGGAGAACGCAUUUGCUACGGCUGAUGCGAUCAUUGAGGAUUGGGUGAGCAGGACGCCAUUUUUGAAUGCGGAUCGGAACGUGCAUGGGUGGGAAGGGGUGAAGAGUGAAGUGCUAAAGAGUGGGGAUGACAAGAGGGUGGUUGAUUGGCAGGGUUGGAGGAGGAUUGACGAGGCGGAGAGGGAUCGGGGGAGGGAAACGGGGAGGUCGAGGGAGAAGUUCACGAGGACGGGGGAGAUGCUGAACGUUCUAGGGUAAGAUACGAGAGGCUUAGCGCGUUGGGGUGAGAUACCCCAAGCCUGGCUGUGAUGGCUGUAGGAUAUCCAGUGUUUUUUUGUUGUAUACUAUUUAGCCAAAUGGUUUGUACAUAUUCUUCUCAUUUUUUUAUUUAUUUCGUACAACAUACAUAUCACAGAUAUGACUACGCGCUUUUGAGCUUCUCAGUAAGCUCAGGCACCUUUUCGAACA